GGGGAGUACAGGGGACGUCUCAUGGCGCCGGCGGGGAGGCGGGCUGCACCGCAGCGGGGCGCCACGGAGGCUGCAGGCCGUAGCCGGAAGCGGCCCCCGUGGCGGGGGAGCGCGCGACCCGGACAAGGACUUGUAUCUUGGAGGAAGCAAAAGAUCCAAUGGGAAUACAAGAAAUUAUUGAAGAGAGAAAGAAAAGCCAACCCGCCACAGGAUGUUCUGUACACAGAUACUUAUCCAGAACACUUGAAGCAUCUCUAUUUAGCUGAAGAGGAAAUGCUUAAGCAACAAUGCAAGGCUAAAAGCAGUCCAGUUUUUUUGGAAGAAAAGUGCAACACGGCAGUGAAAUCAACUAUUAAUGAAAGGAAACGUAAGAAAACUUCAAAUCAAAAAGCAAAAGAAGAAUAUGAGAAAGUAAAGACUGAACGUGCUAAGAAGAAAGAGGCAGCAGAGAAAAGGAAACAAGAAAGAGAAGAAGCCCAAAGGCUCUAUAAACAGAAGAAAAUGGAAGCUUAUAAAAUACUAAGGAAAAGGACCAAAAAGGGACAGCCAAAUCUAAAUUUACAAAUGGAGUUUCUCCUUCAGAAAAUACAACAAAAAACAUAAGCCAGCAUAUGUAAUCUUCAAAGUGAAGAACUAAAUUUGUCCCCUAGAUAAUAUGCAUCGAGUGGUACUUUUUUUAGUGUAAUUGAUAUUUUUUUAAAAGUAAUAUGACAGAUUUUGCUAUUGUUCUAAUUGUUCUAGAUCUAGCACAGGAAGAACUUGUUGUCCUUAAAGGAUUUGCUGUAAUUUGAGAGCAUGUUUCCAUUUCAUGCUGAUAAUGUGAUAUUGGUCCUUUAUUAAUUAAAUGAGUACUUCUGCUUUAUUUC